ACACGUCUGGACGGAUGUUGGGCAGGAUUAAAAAUAUAUUUUCCGGUUUGACGCACAAACGAUUGUGGAAGGCAAAGAUAAUCGGUCCUCUUGCAUCCUUCAAUGGAUUUCCAUCUUAGUUCCCUGUAACUCGUCGAGAUGCACACUACUGGAGAUGAAUGUGGGGCUAUGACUGUGGGAGGCUCUCGGGAUGCAAAGAGCAGAGAGAUCGCGGUGGAUCUGUCACGGGAUGAGAGCAACGGCGGUCCUCUUACGGGAAGGCAGGUGGUCAGGGUUUACGAGAGGCGCCCCUGCUCCUGCCUGCAGGAGGGCACGGAGUGCAAGUGCGGUACGGGUUCCAAGUCCAAGCUGAGCGUGCGGCUUGAGCCGUGGGCCGGAUACAAGACGUUUCUCAUGAGCAGCCUUCUGGUGGUGAUGGUGGUCUGGGUGGUGAUCUUUGUGACUCUGAUGUGGAGAAGCUCCUUCUGAUGCCAAUGCACAAUGGUGUAUUGGCUUUUGGAAUGUGAGAGUCUCUUUUUUUUUUUAUCUUGAUUUUUACAAAUCCUUUUAUGUAGAAAAGAAAUUUAAAAUAUGAAAAUCAAAUUGUUAAGUUUCCAGUAA